CCAAAGAAUCAUGUCCUGUGUCCAGGUUGGGGGCUACAAACCAUGCCCAGUGGCAUGAUUCGGAUUCUCCAUGCUGCCAACCCACAGUCCUCCAUGCUAAUCCUUCACCAGAUGAAUGUCUAUAUGUUCCUCCAAAGCAACAAACUCAGCUGCAACUAUGUCGACGCCUUGGAUUCCGCUAGUGAGCAAGAACAACAGCGAGCAGAGAAUAAUGGCUCUCGACUCCUCUUGGAUCAGACGACUGUGCCCAAAUUCUCAUGAUAACUUCAUCCCCAUCAACCUCAAAUCUCGCUUACCUCGCAGUUUCAUGCCGAAUAACCCUCUGCCCCCUCCUCCUCCUCCUCGAACUACCAAGGAGGAAAUCGUGGAGCCAUCGAACCUCGCCAUGAGCUUCGGCCCGUUUCAGGCCCGGCCCAAUGUUGGGCCUUUAAGGCCGUCUGCUCACGAUUAUGAAGAUGAGUUGGUUGAUGUGUCUGACGACCCGUCUCAGUUCCCUCGACAUUGUACUGCUAAACUUGUUGGGAGAAGGAUAGGGUCUAGUUCUCGCGAUGGAGUUGGCGAUUUUUCCUCUGCAAGCAGGAAUUUUCAUAACCCUCAUGCUUUCAAUCUGAAUAGCGCACGACGACAUCUUCACGAGCGAAAAAACUAUAGCUGUCCAAGAGAGCCGGAAGAGCCCUUCUCUUAUUGGAAUAUGGGGACGCUAGAGAAGAGAGCGAACUUUGUUUCCUCGGUGCGUCCGUCCAGUUCCUUGAUUAUGCCUCCCACUAGGAAAAGGACCACGAAUACGUACGGCUUCAUUUCCUCGAAAUUCAGGAGGUUUCACAAUGAAGAAGAUUAGAGACUACGUACGUAUCAUCAUUACUGUUUACAAUCAGAAUGCGAUAUCUGUUGAUGAUUCUCACGUUCAUACUUUCUCCUUGACGAAGUCAAAAAUUCGAAUUUGAACCAGAGCCAUCUUAGAUCCUCUAAGCGGAUGCUGCGUUUUUGUUGCGUGCUCAAUUUCUUGGACUCAAAAACUAUUUUGGAGCCUGAUUU